AAGACUCUUAUUGAUAUCAAAUAUGAAUCAUUUAGCUUGUCGGUGUAGCAUGCCUUGGAGGUGUUUGGUGAUGGAGUCAAGGUGUGGGGUUGACAAUGUGAUAUCAUGUAUCUUUAUUGUUAGCACAUCGUUGCUCCAGCAAGUGUUGCAUUCAAAGUGACUGUUUUGUCGUCUCACUUUCCCUCGACUGACUGAAGUUCACAGUGGGACUUGAGGAGUACAUGAAUGCCUAUGGUCGUCGAUAUUUCUGCGAGCUCGUUUUUGUUUUACCCAUUAGAACUUAUUUAGUACUCCUUUUAGAUAAAUGUUCUGGUGUUGAAGGUGGUUUAUUCAAGUGGAAUGUUCGUUCUAUACUAACUUUUGUCUACAGGAAGCACACUUAAAGAGUAUUGUUUUGAAGUUUGUAAUUUGAGCUGGUGAUCUUUUAUUUUAAUAAUAUACAUUGUUUAUUUUAAAUUAUGCACCGAGAUCAAACUUUGUGGAAGAGAAGAAUCAUGGCAAAAAAAGUUACAAGGACCAGACAUGACAUUAAUGCUGCUCUGAUUCAGAGUUGACCUUGUAAUACCCGCUCUCUCUCUCUCUCUCCAUCAUCUGAACAAUUGAAGGAAAAGCUACAAAAGAAAACGGCACAUCAAACUAACUUGGAUUGAAGCCAUUUAUUUUAUUAAAGUAGCAUGAAACAGCUGUUCGAUCCUGUUCUUUUCCCAGUGUAGGGAUGUGUUUUUGGGAUUGGCCUAUCAAAUCAAAUGAUACCAUUGGUAACUUGAUAAACAGAAAAAACUACCUGAUCACAUUUUAUCAGACAUGAUGUGUUACAGAACACUGUGUCCAUUCCCACCAAGGCCUCUUAAGGUCUUAAAAACGGUGCUGACUACAAAUUCCCACUCUGUUUCAUCCUAAUCUCAUGAAUCAUGCAAAACAAAGAUAUCAAAGUGGCGUGCUUUGGCAGACCCGGGAAAGCAAGUCAGAGAUUGCCUGAAGACGAAGCCUGUUUUCCCAAGUUCAUUGAUUACUGACUCAGCAGAAUGAUAAAGAUGAUGUGUGCUCUGUUAACCCCUUGAGGCACCUAGUAGCAGCAGCAGCUUUCUCCUCCUCCUCCUCCUCCUCCUCCUCCUCCUCCCAGCACACCCAGUACAUUUCCAUGAGAACAUGACUUCCCCCUUGAGAAAACAAUAGUGUCUUUACUGAAUCCCCAGCUGCUCCUAUGGGAGGAAAGCAGAGGAAUGGGCGUCACACUGCAAUACAAUGGCUAGAACAAAAUUGGAACCGGUGCUUUUGUGCUUGCAGUGCGUUAACUAACAUAUUCAAACAUAGAAUGUCGCAAAGAACAGUUUAUUAACCGGAGCCAAGCCCUUGGGGAGAGCUGGGUUCUUUUUGGAUUAACUUUACGUACAUUAAUAGUUCUGUCUUUUAAUGACUUGGAAGUCUAGAUUGGCUGCAGAUUACCAAAUUUGCCGUCUAUCUAGAUGAGCUGCUCUUUUUUUAUCCCUUGAUUACUUUCUGGUAUUUAGGUUAAGCCAAUGAAAGUUAUCACGAAAAGGAAAAGGAUAAAUCCAUUGUGUUUUGUAAUGAUACUUGAUUAUCAGAUAGGGACUGCUCCAGUACAUCUCAAGACACAAGUGAUUGUCUCCUUCUGCUGUUGUUUUCUUACAUAGCCAACCUGGCCAAACCUGUAUGAGCGUGCUUUUCAGACCCAUGUGUGUGACAGGUGUAUUGGGGGGAAGAAGUAGGCUUUUUUUGUUUCCAUGCUGGCCCGCCCAUUGUGUUUCAUUCAUCAACGCUUGAAGCUGAAAACAAUACGAUCGGUUAAGGUGUCAACAGGACCGUUAACUCCUUACCUGUUAACAUUUCAAUUACCAGUUUCCAUUGUUUUUCUUACUGGGGAAAGUACUGUUUCUUGUGAAUAGACUACACAGGUCAGCCACAAAAGUCUUAUAGAAACGAGGGAUAAGAUGACCUUUAGCUCUUCUCCAUCAGAUUGUGGUCUUGAGUUAUGGUAGAAGCGUAUUGUGUCUUAUCGUUGGCAUGUCAGGGUGCUGUUAAAGUGCGAUAUGUGGCAAGAUAAAGGGGAAACGUGCAGAUAUGUUCACCUUUACAGCACUUAUGAAACAACAGCAGUGAAUCAUUUACUGUGAUUAUCAAAUCGGCUACAUGAUGAUACUUUCUUAUUUUUAUAAUUGGGUAAACUCUUAACGAUGCAAUAAAAAAAUUAAAAAAUAACUAAACAAAAACUGCUGAUAUCAGAGGAUGUUAAGGUACGAGCAAGACGUUACAAAUUGUAUUUAGUUUGUACCAACACACUGAAACCUAGUUGCUAUCUCCAUGGAUCAUGAUUGGCCAUUGAAAUGCAUAUGUCCUAUUGGCUUCAAAAGGUCAGAUUGCGUCUUGACGUUCUGUGCUGGGAGGAGUCGACACAGUGCUAUGUUUCCCUCCCCUAGUUGGGGUAGGGCCACCUGCCAAGACAAUUGAUAGGGAUCACUGACUGCAAAGGGAGAUAAACUGAACUCUAGAGACAUGGCAGCGUCUUCUGAUAGUGCCUUGGACGUGUACCGGGAGAUGCUGCUGCUGUACGUGGAGCAGGGCCGGACGCAGGUGAACAGCCUCUGUGCGGACCUGGAGCCCUGGCAGGUCAUCGGCAUCACCGCGCUCACCACGCUGGGCGGCGUCUGGGCCAAGGGCUUUCUGUUCCAGCAAGAAAGUCUCACGUCACGAAUGAAGAAGCGGGUCUUCCGACUCAUCAGAAAAAUCCCCUACGUUGGCAUGGCAAUCCAGAGCCAGCUGAACAAGGCCCUGGACGACAUGUCGGUCAGUCUGUGCACUCUGAAGGAGGGCAUGAGCUACACAAAGCAGCUCCCGGCCGCCGGCCUUUCCCAGGCCCAAGUGCUCGACAUGAUCAAGGAAUACCAGACGCUGAAUGAGGUCCAAUGGGAGAAGGGCUGGGUGUCAGGGGCUGUGUACUGGGGAGACGAGACGCUGACCCAACUCUUGGUUAAGGUCUACGGCGACUUUGCGUGGAGCAACCCGCUCCACCCCGACAUCUUCCCCGGGGUGCGGAAGAUGGAGGCGGAGGUGGUGAGGAUGACCUGCUCGCUGUUCCACGGAGGUCCCGAGUCCUGUGGCACGGUCACCUCCGGCGGCACAGAGAGCAUCCUGAUGGCGUGCAAGGCCUACAGAGACAUGGCGUACGAGCGCGGAGUCAAGCACCCUGAAAUCGUUGCACCAAAGAGCGUCCACGCGGCCUUCGACAAAGCGGCGCACUACUUUGGUAUGAAGCUGGUCCACGUUCCCUUGGACCCGGACACCAUGAAGGUGGACAUGAAGGCCAUGAAGAGGGCCAUCAACGGCAACACGGCCAUGCUGGUCUGCUCCGCCCCUCAGUUCCCCCAUGGCAUCAUCGACCCUGUGGAGGAAGUAGCCAAGCUGGCCCUGCGCUACAAGCUGCCCCUGCACGUGGACGCGUGCCUGGGGGGGUUCCUCAUCGGCUUCAUGGCCAAGGCGGGCUACCCCCUGGCCCCGUUCGACUUCAGGAUCAAGGGGGUCACCAGCAUGUCUGCCGACACGCACAAGUAUGGCUACGCCCCCAAAGGCUCCUCGGUCAUCCUGUACAGCGAGAAGAAGUACCGCCACUUCCAGUACUUUGUGGCUCCCAACUGGCAGGGCGGGAUCUACGCCUCGCCCUCCAUAGCGGGCUCCAGGCCGGGGGGCAUCAUCGCCGCCUGCUGGGCCACCAUGAUGCACAUGGGCGAGGACGGAUACGUGGACGCCACGCGCAAGAUCAUCAGCACCGCGCGCACGAUCGAGGCCGAGGUCCGUGAGAUCAAGGGACUGUUUGUGUUCGGGAAGCCCGAGGUGUCCGUGGUGGCCAUGGGCUCCGACGACUUCGAUAUCUUCCGCCUCUCCAACGCGCUGACGACCAAAGGCUGGAACCUGAACACACUGCAGUACCCCUCCAGUAUCCACAUCUGCUGCACGGUCCUGCAUACAAAGGAGGGCGUGGCCGAGAAGUUUGUCAAGGACGUCAGGGAACAGGUGGCCAUCAUCAUGAAGAACCCCAAGGAGAAGACCACUGGAAUGGGAGCCAUCUACGGCAUGGCGCAGUCCAUCCCGGACAGGUCCAUGGUGACGGAAAUCUCCUGCGGAUUCCUGGACUGCCUCUACAGCACUGAGGUGCACAAGCCCACAGCCCCAGAGGUUCACAUGAACGGGAACGGUAAAGCCCACUGAGCACCGGCAACCUCACCUGGCCGACACCUCUGGCCGCACCCAGUCUACCUUCCACCUGCACACCUGUAAGAGGACUACCAGUCUCUCUCUCUCUCUCCUCCCCCCCGUCCUUUGGCCUGUCCGCUCAGUAAGAAUCCUACAGUCCAACGGUUGCCUUAUCCUGCCCUGGCUAACCCUACUGUUUGCACUGACAAACGACCUGGGAUGCACAAGCCAUCGUGUUUUAACUCACGAGAGGGAAACCACACAUUUACUGUGCCUAGAAACCAUAGAGAAAUUAUGACUCAAAUCCUUCAUUCUAAUGAUUAUCUGAAAUGUCUUUGAUUUUUGUUUGUUAUCGUUUUCUUUUGCUGUUUGUUUUUCCCGAUUUGAGUUUUAUCUGUGCUUAAUUAUGUCUUGGAUCGGGAUUUCAAUCAUCAAACUAAAUUAAUUUUAGUUUUUCAUAUAUUCUGUUUACAAGUGAAUGCAUUCAAGUAUUUUUUUUCUUCCUUUUAUACUUGUAACAAUCAAACAGGAACAUUUCAAAAUGCGAUCUUCGCUGAAUAUGUGACGACGCCUAGAAACACAAACCACUGAAAGCGUAACACGCUGCUCUUCUGCCCUCCAGUGUACAACUGCAUGUACUGCAGUAACCUGGUUGCCCUGAAUGCAGUUUUUCAGUUUUUCCACUUUUAUUUGUGUUUUAACUUUAAACUUUGCUGCUUUUAAUAGAACUACAUUGAUAUAAUAUUUUCAGUAGCUAUAAUAAUUUCUUUGAAAUAUCUUUCCUAGCACUUAAUACAAAUGUAAUUCAUACUUUUGCUAUGAUACAUUGACUGUGGAAGAAGGUUUCAGAGAGAAUUCCAUGUCACUUAGGUUAAAGGAUAAGAAAUCGUUUUAAUAAGGGCUGACAUUGAAUGUUUCGACUCACUUCCCCUUUAAAAUCAUUUUUUCAAAAUUUCAAAAGCAAAAAUAUGUUUUAAUUCAUCCUGUGGAGUAAAAUGAUUGUCAUUAUAUAUUUAUAUGUGGUUGACAGAUAACCUGAAUAUUUUCCUUCCUUGUAAUUCAAGAUCCUCUCUGAAUCUACCUCAAUCUCCACCUAUUAUGACCAUGUCUCUCUUCUUCAUUCUGGUUACGUAAUAGGACCUCUCACACAGGUUAUGUCAACUAAUGCGGUUAUGUCAACAGUCUGUAGAUUUCCGGCGUCUGACAUGGGUUUAAACUAUGUAGGCGUAUCCUCUUUAUACUGUGUUUCUGUCCGACUGCUCAAAAGUUCACCUUUUUCAGUCCCAUGUGAAAAGGGGAACAAUCCAUACUCGAAUGACCUUGGACCUAUUUUGUUUUGUUUUUGACAUACUCGCAAGAUUAGUGGACUCGUGUUAUUACUCCUAUUGAUUGUUGAAACUGUGUCGCCUAUAUCCAUUACAAUAUUUCAAUGUUCACCCAAAACAUGACCUUGUUCCAGGAGAGACAACAACAGCACAUAUUUCAUAGUUUCAGAAAGCAGGCAUGUCUUUCAAAAAACGGUUCUCUAACUUGCGUGUGUCAUUUUGCUGUGUGUUUUUGUGUAUUAGACCACUGUGUGAUUUGUGUUUCAUUGAUUAUCUAUAAUCCUGGCCAGUCCUAUUCUUUUAGGAUCGUACAACCUUUUUAAUAUUUUUGUAUUGAGUUGUGAAUGUAUACGAUUUUUUUUGCAUUCAGAAAGACUUCAGAAGCCGUUCCAGUGUUUCCUACUGGCCAGAUCUUGUCCACCAUGUUGGCUAUGUUUCUGCGUUGCUAUUGGUGCCCGGUAAACUGAAUUAUGGAUUUUUAAGAUGCAAUCAAGGGAUCAAACGCAUCCAUGUUGUGUAGGAUGGGGGAGGGGGUUAGCGAAAAUAUGAGUUUAAUCACGGAGCUAUUUCUAAUUUCACUCUUUUCGUACCAUGUCACCGUCUCAUGCAUACGGAUACGGUUUUAAUGUUCAUGAAGGUGUCCAUUACUCAUCCGAAAUGUGUAUUUGUUUAGGUUUGUGUCGUCGGCUGUUAUUUAAAAGCACCACAUAGCAAUAAUAGAGCAUGGCUCCUCGUUGGCCCGACCAGAGCUCAUGUUAACAGAUCCUGUGGUUGUUAGCAGACUCAGGGAUUUGGCUUUGUAACCACCAUUGGCGUGGCCCAAUGCUCCUUUUGAAUGUUGUCCAUUUAAAUUAAUAAAUACCAUGUUGCUAGAAGACUUGAUUCAUUUCUGCUGCAGUGAAACAAUAUCAAACUCCGAAAUGAGGGGGGUGAUAAUGACUAAAAGGUUAAUAUAUUUAUGAUACAUGUAUGACUUAAAUAUUUUGGAAAAAAAACCUUUUUAUUUCAGCACUAACAUUUUGAACAAAUACAGACAGAUGGAAAGGCACAUGUUUUACAUAAAGACAAUUGACUUGUGCCUAAGCAAAGAAAUGCUUAGACAAGGUCUACUUAAUUGAUCCCAGAUGGGACACUCGGGUUAUAACACCAGUAACAUCCUGUGAGUAAUCCUGUAUGUAAUCCUUUAUUCAUUCUCUCAUAAUCUUCCUUUAUAUACACUCAGACACUCACCAGUACACAACACUGCUGGCUUUUGGUUUAGGUUUUUUCUGAACUGGAAUGACGACAGGAAACUUUUUUUUUGGGGGUUCAGCUGUCGCUCACAUGAGGGACGCCUGGUCGACGAAGGUGGCCAGCGUGAUGUCCCUCUGCGACAGACCCCCACACUCGUGGGUGCUGAGUGUGAUCUGAACCUGUUGAGAGAGCGGUUGGACCGGUUAUGGCGCUGAAAUGAAUCCUCGCCACAGGUAAACACGACUCAACAUAGGCCUGUCGUGGUCGCGUGGCGUUGGCUAAUUCAACCCAUUACUACCAUGUACUUUUAUCCAAAGCGACCGUAAAUUAAGAUGUUAUGAAAGCGCAG